AAAAAACUAUUUACAGAAUUUCGUAGUAGCGGGCUUUAAAUAUCACAUGACUGACUACAAGAUGGCGUAACUACAUAUUUGUAAACAAAUAAGAAUAUUGUUAUUCUUUUGUAAAUUUAUUUUAACUUCCUAAGUCAACCAUGGACUGUGCUUCAUUUAUUAGCAGAUGGAAGAAAUGGAUACGUUUUGCUGUUAUAAUAAUUUACAUUAUACUUCUUGUAAUAGCUGUUCCAUUGUGCAUCUGGGAAUUAGAACAGAACAAAGCACCAGAUCACGUUCAAGCUUGGUUUAUUGGAGGGAUGUUUGUUUUGAUGGCACUACCGAUAUCAUUUUGGGGAAUAUUGCAGCAUGUCAUAAAUUACACUACUCCGUAUCUCCAGCGACACAUAAUUAGAAUCUUGUGGAUGGUUCCUGUAUAUGCCUUAAAUGCGUGGUUUGCUCUCAGAUUUCCAAAAGCUGCUAUUUAUUUGGACACUUUAAGAGAAUGCUAUGAAGCUUAUGUGAUUUAUAAUUUCAUGGCUUAUUUGUUAUCCUUUCUGCAUCACGAUCAUCCUGACUUAAGCUCUGAGGUAGAGGACAAUUCUAUUACGUUUGUGUUUCCACUUUGUUUUCUGCCACCUUGCAAAAAUGGAAGUAAAUUUAUGCAGCAUUGCAAGCAUGGGGUCCUACAGUACACUCUGGUCAGACCAAUCAUGGCAGCCAUAGCUUUUAUCUGUGAGAUGUAUGGGAAGUAUGAGGAGGGAGACUUCAACUUCAAGUCUGCCUGGUCCUACAUCGUUGUCAUUAGCAACUUAUCUCAAAUAUUUGCCAUGUACUGCCUUGUCAUGUUCUACAGAGCAUUCAGACAAGAGCUGAAACCUUUGAAACCGGUGCCUAAAUUCCUUUGUGUGAAAGCUGUAGUGUUUUUGUCCUUUUGGCAAGGCUUACUUAUAGCAGCUCUAGCCAAAUUGAAUGUGAUACCUUCUAAUGGAACAUGGGUGUUUUAUGACAACAUUAAAGAAGUGUCCACUGGAAUUCAGGAUUUUCUCAUUUGUAUUGAAAUGUUUCUGGCAGCAGUGGCUCAUUACUUCUCUUUCUCCCAUAAACCCUUUGUGAACCCUGCAGCAGAACAGCAGAACUGUUGUGACUCUUUUCUCUCAAUGUGGGACGUCAGGGAUGUGACUGGAGAUGUUGCAGAGCAUGCUAGAUUUUUAGGGCGAGGAAUGCAAAAAACUUUAAACUUGGGCAAACGACUGGUAGCAAGAAACGAUGAACGAACACCUUUACUUUCUGGGCCCAGCUCAGACCUGACUAGCCAACAGACAACAGCCGCUGCCUCUUCAGAUGGAAACAUUGACUCGUACACUGAAAGCUUUAGCUCGACUGUCAAAGCUAAUGCAAGUAUGAACAACUAUGCCAUAUUUGAAAACAGCACAGAGAAUCAACUUAAAGGUCUGUCCAGGUCUGUUAGUCUUCAAGGCUAUGGCAGUGGGGAAGAUGAGAAUUUCGAGGUGUUACGAACUGAGGAAACAGAAGCACAGCCAACACAUAGCAGAAUGUCUGCUGGAGUUUUGGAAUAUCAGCAGAGUUCAUAUAGCGCAGAUCAAAAUGUAAGCAGUGAUAAUAACACAAACACUAAUCAGCUUAAUGACAAUGCACAUCAUGUAAACCAGUUUACUAACAAAGAACAGGAUCUUUUAGAUUUAGAUAAGGCUCAGCAUUCCAAGGCAGAGGAUGUGGCUCCACAUUUGUCGAGUUCAUUAGAUACUACAGAAAAUCAACCUAUAAUGUCAACUGGUGAUUCUCCUGUUGUAGAAGUGAACGAAAGAGAUAACCCUGUUGUAUAAUUUAUAGUACGUAGAUGAUACCUCAAUAAAAGUUGUGUGUUUCAUAUAUUGUAGAUCAAUCAUUUGUAUUUAAUCCAACACAUAGGCCCUCUCCAUACAGUCUGGAUAUUGUAUCUCGAGUAUCACCUAUAAGAAAAGCUUGUCAAUAAGAAAAGUCAAUUACACUUGUGUAUCAAUUAAUUUUCUCAUUUUGUGCUUUUUUGAUUGAAAUAUAAACAUUGUAAUUGCUAUUGGUAUCCGUUGUUUUUUCACCUAACUAGAAAGGAACAACAUAACUAGUAAAAGUAUUUUCCACUUUUACUUUACCAGGAGAGAGGAGUGUCUAUUGUGACCAUUUCACUAGUCUAUUUUACAAUGUAUUGCAACUAUGAUAUUUCACAAUAAAACAUUCUCUUUUAAGUAUAUAUUUUAUCUCAGUGUUACUAAAUAUUUUAUUGGAUAAUUUGAGCAAUGCCUCAUAUUUUUUGUACUUUGUCUUUCAUCAUUUUUUUUAGUCAUUUUCAUAGCCUAGUAUUUAUCACAAUACUAAGGUGCUCAUUUCCUAAAGGGGGAAUGCAUUUUGAGGAUACUGAUGGUGUUUAAUGCCCAAUUUUUCAUUUAUGCAAUCGGGAUGGAGUUUUUAGAUUUUUUUAAUAUCAAGAAAAGUUGUGUUUUUUAAAAUCUGUUCAUUGUGAUUUUGCAUUGACUAUUUCUUUUACUAAUACCAUAUAUAUAGAUCUAAAAUUUUGAAUUUUUAUCAAGAAAAUGUGUAUAUUUUUAAAAAUGCAUAUGUAUUAGUCAGUUCUAAGUAGCUGCCUUGCAGGAUAUUAAAAUAUCUUAAUAGCAUGUACCAAACUGCUAUUAUUUUAAUCCUUUUUACUGUAAAGAAAAAUUUCCAGACAUCUCUAUAUUAUUAUUUACAGUUUUUUAUUUCAUAACUCAAAUCUGAAGUGUAUGAGAAAAUAUUUAUUCAUCUAAAGCUUAACUCUAACUCUGUCUGUAUGGUAAAAAGAUUAUGCAUGUUACUUCUCCCACACCCAGUCUCGGAUUAGGCUGAAAUAUUGCAUAAUUAUUUCUUUUACAAAUUGCCGAUUAGUUUAUUAACUAUUGGUAAUUUAUUAUUUUGUUUGGUAUCUUGAACAAGGGAAAGAAAUACUUGACAUAUAUGGUUGUAUAAGUUGAAUUAGUCCCCUUGAGGACUCAAGCCAUGAAUGAAAAUUUUUUUUUUUGCAUUUAAACAUUUACCAAGAUGCCCCCUUCUUUCCUCCCCCUUUCACAACUGGUUCAGACAAGUGAUAGGAUCCUAGUGCAUAGAGAAAGCUAAACAGAAACAAUAGGUAAAAAUAUUUCUAAUUGCACAGAUUUAUUAUGUCUAGGUCAAUAUUACUGAUAAAUCAUAAUUACAAGACUGAUCCAAACUAAUUGAUACAAUAUAACUUAAUAUAAGCUUUGUUUUUUAAAAAAAGGUAAUUUUGAUGUUUUUCUUAUUAGGACAAAUGUUUUUCAAAUAGUAAAAGCACAGGACUAUUUUUUACUGAGCUGAUAUCAACUCAUUCCAUUUGUCUGUCCACACAUUAUUUCUUCCACUUCCCAUCCUCAUAUGAAGCUGAAACUUUGCACAAAUCAUUCAUUGUUGACAACACAUGAAUCAGUGGAAAAAUGAUCCAAUAAGUUAAGUAAUUAAUUGUAGUUAAUUAAUUUUGUUUACAAGACUGAAAUACUGCUUCAAAUGGAAAUCAUUCUCUCAACAAUAAAUAUAGCCAUUGCCCCUUUGGCUAUAUUAAGUACAGUGCUGCCAGUUUCAAAAACACUUUUAUUCUCUAAAGACGAUAAUAACUGAAAUGUUUUUCUAGUUGCCUUGAUCUCUUUUCACUCAAUAGAAACAAGGUUUUUAAAAAGUAUUUUUUUUUUACUUAUAACUUGUUUAAAUGGUGAAAAUGGAAAGGCAAACUUUUAAGAUUUACAUAUUGGUUCAAAGUUAUCUUAUUCAGCAGUGUUGUGAAAAAAAGAAUUAAAAUUGCCAAUAGAAAACCCCAAAUGUUUUUCAUGUACUAUCAAAAUGUUUGUGUACUAUAGUUCAAUCAUUUUAAUAUGUUGAUGGAGACUGAAUUCAUGAUUGAAAUUGUAAACAUUUAUGUUGAUGUGUAGUUUAGUUAUGUACAAAGAAAUUAUUCAUUUUUUUAGAAUCAUAUUUAGUUGCUUGUUAUUUUGAUGAUCAGCUUAAUUUAGAAUUCAAAUUCAUGUUAGCUUCAUUCAUGACCAUAAACAAGAAAAAAAUUACACAAUGCAUCUCUGAAAAACUUGUUUUGUUCAAAUUAGCUUUGAUCAUUUAAAAUGAAGAAAAACAUUCUACAAAUGAAGGUAUUUCUAUAUAAUUAGAUAGAUCUAAAUAAAUAAUAAAGUACAUGUCUACUAAUUAGGAUUGGAGAAGUUCUGUCUUCAGUGACAAACAUUAACACAAAUAAAAUGACAGAUUCAAAGCA